AUGGUUUCCGCCGACGCAGCUCGCAACGUCGUCGGUAUCAUCGGGAAUGUCAUCUCCUUCGGCCUCUUCCUCUCCCCUACGCCGGUUUUCUGGCGGAUCAUCAAGGCCAAGGACGUGGAGGAGUUUAAGCCGGACCCCUACCUGGCGACGCUGCUCAACUGCAUGCUCUGGGUCUUCUACGGCCUCCCCAUCGUCCACCCCAACAGCAUCCUCGUCGUCACCAUCAAUGGGAUCGGGCUCGUCAUCGAGGGAUCCUACCUCAUCAUCUUCUUCCUCUACUCCACCAACAACAAGCGGCUGAAGAUGAUAGGCGUGCUCGCCGCCGAGGCGGCGUUCAUGGUGGCCGUCGUGCUUGGCGUGCUCCUCGGUGCCCACACCCACGAGAAGCGCUCCAUGAUCGUCGGCAUCCUCUGCGUCAUCUUCGGAACCAUCAUGUACGCCUCCCCGCUCACCAUCAUGGGUAAGGUGAUCAAGACCAAGAGUGUGGAGUACAUGCCAUUCACCCUGUCGCUGGUUAACUUCCUCAACGGCUGCUGCUGGUUGGCCUACGCGCUCAUCAAGUUCGACCUCUACGUCACGAUCCCCAAUGGCCUCGGCGCUUUCUUCGGCCUCAUGCAGCUCAUCCUCUACGGCUGCUACUACAAGAGAACCCCCAAGGAGGAGAAGAGCGUCGAGCUGCCCACCAGCAACCCCGCCGGAGCCGGCAACGUCUCCGUCACCGUGGACAUAUAA